CCACCCUCCGGAUUGGCUGCGUAGGUCGGGUCUUGGAGAGUGCCUAGAGCAUGGCCUCUCCUGGGUCCCCGGCGCCCUGGCCGGAGUUACCCGAGCAGAACUUCGAGUACUGCGAGGUCCAGUACUGGGACCAGCGCUACCAAGGCGCGGCGGACUCUGCGCCCUACGAGUGGUUCGGGGACUUCUCCUCCUUCCGUUCCCUCCUAGAGCCUGAGCUGCGGCCGGAGGACCGUAUCCUCGUGCUAGGUUGCGGGAAUAGUGCUCUGAGCUACGAGCUGUUCCUUGGAGGCUUUCCCGAUGUGACCAGUGUGGAUUACUCAUCAGUAGUGGUGGCUACCAUGCAGGCUCGCUAUGCCCAUAUACCCAGGCUGCGUUGGGAGACCAUGGAUGUGCGGAUGCUUGCCUUCCCUAGUGGCUCCUUUGAUGUGGUGCUUGAGAAGGGCACACUGGAUGCCCUGCUGGCUGGGGAACAGGAUCCCUGGACCAUAUCAUCUGAAGGUAUCCACAUUGUGGACCAGGUGCUCAGUGAGAUGGUGGAGUACAAACGGGCCACUCUUCUGGAUGAAGACGCACCGGAGACCCCCGUAGAGGGCGGGGCCUCCCCAGACGCCGUGGAGGUGGGAUUCCGGAAGGGGACAAGACAACUUUUAGGCUUGCACACCCAGUUGGAGCUGAUCUUGGCAGGUGUCUCUUUACUGCUGGCUGCACUGCUUCUGGGCUGCUUGGUGGUCCUGGGGGUCCAGUACCACAGAGACCCAUCCCACAGUACCUGCCUCACAGAGGCCUGCAUUCGAGUGGCUGGAAAAAUCUUGGAGUCCCUAGACCGUGGGGUGAGUCCCUGUGAAGACUUUUACCAGUUCUCCUGUGGGGGCUGGAUUCGGAGGAACCCUCUGCCAGAUGGGCGUUCUCGCUGGAAUACCUUCAAUAGCCUCUGGGACCAGAACCAGGCCAUACUGAAGCACCUGCUUGAGAACACCACCUUCAACUCCAGCAGUGAAGCUGAGCGGAAGACACAGCGCUUCUACCUGUCCUGCCUACAGGUGGAGCGCAUUGAGGAGUUGGGAGCCCAGCCACUAAGAGACCUCAUUGACAAGAUCGGUGGUUGGAACAUUACGGGGCCCUGGGACCAGGACAACUUCAUGGAGGUGCUAAAGGCAGUAGCAGGGACCUACAGGGCCACCCCGUUCUUCACCGUCUACAUCAGUGCCGACUCCAAGAGUUCCAACAGCAAUGUCAUCCAGGUGGACCAGUCUGGGCUCUUUCUGCCCUCUCGAGAUUACUACUUAAACAGAACCGCCAAUGAGAAAGUGCUCACAGCCUACCUGGACUACAUGGAGGAGCUGGGGAUGCUACUUGGUGGACAGCCAACUUCCACCCGGGAACAAAUGAGGCAGGUGCUGGAGCUGGAGACACAACUGGCCAACAUCACAGUACCCCAGGACCAGCGGCGGGAUGAGGAGAAGAUCUAUCACAAGAUGAGCAUCUCAGAGCUGCAGGCUCUGGCGCCCUCCAUGGACUGGCUUGAGUUCCUGUCUUUCUUGCUGUCACCAUUGGAGUUGGGUGACUCUGAGCCUGUGGUGGUGUAUGGGACGGAUUAUUUGCAGCAGGUGUCAGAACUCAUCAACCGCACCGAACCAAGUGUCCUGAACAAUUACCUGAUCUGGAACCUGGUGCAAAAGACGACCUCGAGCCUAGAUCGGCGCUUUGAGUCUGCACAAGAAAAGCUGCUGGAGACCCUCUAUGGCACCAAGAAGUCCUGCACACCACGAUGGCAGACCUGCAUCUCCAACACGGAUGAUGCCCUUGGCUUUGCUUUGGGAUCCCUCUUUGUGAAGGCCACAUUUGACCGACAAAGCAAGGAAAUUGCAGAGGGGAUGAUCAGUGAAAUUCGUUCUGCUUUUGAGGAGGCUCUGGGACAGCUGGUUUGGAUGGAUGAGAAGACCCGUCAGGCAGCCAAGGAGAAAGCAGACGCCAUCUAUGAUAUGAUUGGUUUCCCGGACUUUAUCCUGGAGCCCAAAGAGCUGGAUGAUGUUUAUGAUGGGUAUGAAGUCUCUGAAGAUUCUUUCUUCCAAAACAUGUUGAAUUUGUACAACUUCUCUGCUAAGGUGAUGGCUGACCAGCUCCGCAAGCCUCCCAGCCGAGACCAGUGGAGUAUGACCCCUCAGACGGUGAAUGCUUAUUACCUUCCAACCAAGAAUGAAAUUGUCUUCCCUGCUGGCAUCCUGCAGGCCCCCUUCUAUGCCCGCAACCACCCCAAGGCCUUGAACUUUGGAGGUAUUGGCGUAGUCAUGGGUCAUGAGUUGACACAUGCUUUUGAUGACCAAGGUCGUGAGUACGACAAGGAAGGGAAUCUGCGACCCUGGUGGCAGAAUGAGUCACUGGCAGCCUUCCGCAAUCACACGGCCUGCAUGGAGGAACAGUAUAACCAGUACCAAGUCAAUGGGGAGAGGCUCAAUGGCCGCCAGACACUGGGGGAGAACAUCGCUGACAAUGGGGGGCUUAAGGCUGCCUACAAUGCUUACAAAGCAUGGCUCAGGAAGCAUGGGGAGGAGCAGCAGCUGCCAGCCGUGGGGCUCACCAAUCACCAGCUCUUCUUUGUGGGAUUUGCCCAGGUGUGGUGCUCAGUCCGCACACCAGAGAGCUCUCACGAGGGGCUGGUGACCGACCCCCAUAGCCCUGCCCGCUUCCGCGUGCUGGGCACUCUCUCCAACUCCCGUGACUUCCUGCGGCACUUCGGCUGCCCUGUCGGUUCCUCCAUGAACCCAGGGCAGCUGUGUGAGGUGUGGUAGACCUGGGUUGGGGAAAAAGAUGGCUGGCCAUUGCCAAGGCCUGGGACUCCCAGGUUAGGAGAAAGCAAAUGCAAGCUGGGCUGGGUCCAGCCCCUCCACCCCACAGGUGACAUAAGUCUAGUCCCCCCUUGACCACCACAUCGUGCCUCUGCUUUGGGGGUGCCCUUUCCUCCAGCAGAGCCCCCACCAUUCACUGUGACAUUCUUCUGUGUCACCCUGCCUUGAGGAGGUCUAGGCAGAGAAUCCAGUUCCCAUAGAAAUGAGUCUUUGGCUCCAAGCUUAUUCAGCUUGGGGGCUAUGGGGCCUGCUGUGUUUGCCCUAUUGUGAUCCACAGGGCCUGCGGCUGUGCCUCCCAGGCUUCUCUCCAGACUUACUCAGUGCCCAGAUGGAAGUGGGCUCAGCUCCCUUCCAAUCCGCCCUCAGAGGCCACCCCCACCCCGUGCUCCUUGUGCUGCUGCUCCCUGUACUGCUGCCCAC